CCUAGACCAUGUCUUCUCUUCUAACCUCGAACGUUCUAAUGAACUCGUCAUUGUUACUGUCAAAUAUUACUUCAAGCGUGUCAUCAUGUUAUGUGACAAUGUUGUAAAUAGGACUACAAGCUGAUCAAAUUGGGCUAUUCUGACAAGGUGGUUGAUUUGUUUAAUGUUCUCUAAACUUAAUUAUCCUCAAAGACAAACUUGACCCAAUUUCAUCACGAUAACAACCAAUUCGUAUUAACAUGACAACAACCCAAAUCCUUCCUCGCUUCAUAAAUUGAUUAGCCAAUAGCCAUCACAAAAACAAGGCAAAUUGGAAACAUGAAAAAUGAAGUCUUUGGUAUCACAUUAAAUAAUUGGGUUAGUGUUAAAUUAAGGAGAUUAAUAUGUAGCGGACUUUGGUCCCUGUCAUGCACACAUACAACAAAUGAGAAAGUUCUCGAAUAAUGUUAAAUCAUUAGAUUAGGUAAUGUUGAUAAAAAUGUUUAACCCCCCUAACUCUACAUUGUAUUUGAAUACUAUAUUAUUUGGCAGAGAGAGAGAAGCCAAUUAAUUAUAGACACCUUUGGUGACCAUAAAUUUGCAAGUCAAAAAUUGGAUCCCGGAAGUUCUUAAACAAUAUUAUUUUCUCCAAAUCUUGUAAUCAGUAUUUACUAUUUAGUAAAAUAUGAAUCAGGUCAUGAAAAAAUUUAAUUGAUUAAUAAUUAUUCACUUACAGUAUUCAAAUUCAAAACCGUUUCUUCUGUAAAAUGCCACGUAGAGUACCAAGAAGGCUGAACGAGCAGCACCUUAUCAUGGACACCACCGCACCCAAUCCUCAUCCCCGGGCAACAGAACUUUUCCAUGUUUCAAAAUUUCGAAAAAUUGUAAAGAAAGCGGUAUAAGAGCGCGCGCUCCCCCCUGUGCCCUGGCAAACAGAAGAAGCUCACACCAAAAGCUCACAUUUCAUCUCCAGCAAAUCCAGUUUCUCCCUCUUUUCUCUCCUCGAUUUUCAUCUCCGAUCAGCGCAAUGUCAGCCAGGAAGGGAAGCUCCAAGAAGCGCGCGGCCGCUACGCCAACCGCUAAGUCGGCGCCGCCGCUGUCCAAGUUCCGCGUCCAGGAAGAUUUCGAUCCCGAUUUCUCGAGCGAUCUCAAGGGAAUCAUGUCGGCACUGCACCAGUUCAGAGAGAAAACAGAGAAGGAGGGACAGAAGAAGAAGGAGGAGACGAUUUCCAGUGUUGCUUCUGAGAUUAGGACGAUGCUCAACGAUUUGAAGACAAAAAUUGAGAAGGAUAGGCAAAGCUUUGGUAAGGCGCUUCAGAAGAAUUCGAAAGAGUGCGAAAAUUAUAUCAAGAGCGAGUCUGCCAAGAUUCAGGACAUCUACGAGAAGUUUGCCAAGGAGAAAGCAGCUCACAUGCAGUCAAUGCAAGAUACCAUGUCCAAAUUUGAAGAAGACAAGGAGAAGCUGAUGAUGCGAUAUGAACAACUGAAGAAGAAAGAGAAGAGCAUGCUAGCCGACCACGAGAAAGCUUGCGAGGAGAAGAUUGCUAAACUGGAGGAAUCUCUCAAGAAGAAAAAGCAGGACGGCAAAACGUUCAGCAUCCUAAAGAAAACGCUGGGCACUUUCCUGGACGACGCCUCCGAUGAGGACUUCCCACCAGAGGAUUGAACUGCGACUCUCUCUCAAACUAUCAAGUAAGAAAGCUUUAUUCCCUAAUCCCUACUGUUUACUGUUUAGCAUAUGAUUAAACCUUAAACCAAAUCUUGCCUUUUUAAUCAUACCUUAAACCGAAUGAUUAGUCAUUCCUCUUCUCUCUGUGAACAUAUCUUAUCCUUUCAUAUGAUUAAACCUUAAACCAAAUCUUGCCUUUUUAAUCAUACCUUAAACCGAAUGAUUAGUCAUUCCUCUUCUUUCUGUGAACAUAUCUUAUCCUUUCAUAGUGUGAUCCAAGUAAGCUAAAUGGGAUCUUAGGUAUGCCUCAAUUGUUUAUUCUAAGGUGUCAGAAAGUCCUGGUAUCGAUAUUAAACAGGCCUGGCGGUGCUAGCUAAUGAGUGAAUGAAUGAUUACGCUACAUGUUCAUGAAGGAAAAACAUAAUCUGUCAUUUUGCUGAUAAUAAAAAACAGCAAAAUCUAGAAUAAGCCAAUUUCACGUAAUAAUCUAAGUUGGACGAUAGAAUUAUAGACAGCUGUCACUGUUGACAGCCAAAGAUAUUUUACAUUAUCAGUAAUCAAAUCUGAAAUUUAUGGGCGACAAGUUGCUCCCUUUCUAGUUUGCUUUAGGAGAACUCUAAUAAUAACUCUACUUGCUGUUCAAGAUAAGCUUUUUUAAGUCACGAAGAGUUCUUCCAGAACCGACACUGCACUAAAUUGAACAUAGCCCAAAUGAACCAACGUGUAGCUGUAGGACAGUCAGCAUAAGCAUAUUUUAUCUUGUUCCUCUUAGAGAUUGAUUCGUGGCGCCCAUUGUUCCCAACUCUAACCACCACCAGGAAAGUUUAAUUCCUAGAGAGACUGCACCUUCACCUUCAGCAUAGACACCGAGCCAAGUCACCACUGGCGGCAAAAGAACUAGAUAAGUAGAUCUAAAGCUAACCAUCUGAGCGAAAUCCCAAUAGGCAUUCAUAACAUCUCUGGACUUGGUCAUAGAAGCAGCCUACACAAAACCACUACUUCAGAGGAGACUCUUCACAGUUCCUUCUGAGCUGCACAGUUUUUAGGAGGUAGGCUUAGUCAGCGGAACAGGAUUGUGGGGAGGUGGGGCAGGGAAUCCCUGUAUUACAGAACAUAGCGGGCGAUGGCUCUGAUCCUGCACAUAAUGUAUACACGAAUCGCAGUCAAGCCUUUGUCGGUACGAUAAAUCUGGUUAGAGAAACAAGAGUCGCUUUAUCAAGUUCAAUGAUGAAAACAUCUCAAUUAACAUUCAAACAAAGAACAUAACUUAAAGAACCAUCCAUAAUGCGGAAAAAAAUUCCUUGUCUUCAUGUCUCUGUGUGCUUCUGCUAAUAAUGCCUAUCAGUGUCAGCCACAUUGUACUUUAGGCUUUGCAGGUUGCUAGUUAUAGUCCAGAAUCCAGACUUGUUUUGAGAAGCUAAAUUGUUUCUGUAGAGGAACAUCCACCCAAUGCUUAUCUUGACCUUUAUGUUACCACGAGAAAAUGAAUACACCCUUCAAUACUUCUUCUUCUAGGAUAUCAUUAAUGAUCUUUAAACACUAUCGUGGCAUGUAUAACGAAGCAUGUGUAGCCUUGCAUAUCACAAGUUAGCAGUCACCACAGUUUGAAAUGCGUCAAAGGAUACUAAUUAACAUUGCAUAAAUCGAGCACAAUGAAGAGUCGUCUGACAUACUCCGAUUGAUGUUAUCCUCUGGCAGGAGGAGCAGCGAACCGCUAAAGAUCCAUACGGGUACAUAAGCAGCAGUGGACAAUAGGUACAAUUUACAAGUCCAACUUGGUGAGCUACAACAUAACAAACAAAGCACAUUAUU